UGGACGGCACCCCACGGCGAAGACAGACUCCAGGGAGCUGGAGAGCAAAGGCACUGGGUUCUGCACGCAGGCGGAGGGCUGGGACUCUGCUCCUGCAAGGCCGGGGUGGGCUGGGGGCGCCAGGCGAGCUCGCCCUCCGAGGGACCCGACGGCUGCGCUUCCCCGCGGCGCAGAGGGGCGCGAGGCGGCGAGACGCCUGCCCGGGUGCGAGGGAUGGGCGCGCGGCGGGAGCGCGGCUGAGGUCCCGGGAUGGGCCAGGCACCGGCCGCGGCGCUGCUGCUCCUGGCGCUGGCAUCUCUGCUCAAGGCUCUGGCUGCAGAAACUCAAUGUGAAAACAUUUACCAAGAUAUCUCAAACUGCAUCUUAAAACUAGGGGAAAACAUGGCCAGCUUUGAAGAGGAGGAAGGGAGUGAAGACGAACAGAGCCAGAGCCAGGAAGUGCGCACUGUCUGUGGAUAUUGGGAUGAGUUUCACGCCUGUGCUUUGACAGCUCUAUGGGAGUGCCAGCGAGAGGCUGCAGCUGUCUGGGAGAGGCUGAAAAAGGAAUCUAAGAAAAUCCAAUUCCAAAGCAGCUUAUUUGACCUCUGCGCCUCACAGAAUUCAAGCACUGUGCAAAUUUCACAUAUAUUGCUGCUAAGCAUCACUUCAGUGGUCACUUUGCUUAAUUUAUAAAGCUGGAAGCUCUGCAAUUUGAACAUCUGUACAAUUAUAUUCCCUCCUCUCAAAUAUUUGACUAAAUAUGUGUGUGAACGAUUUUCUGUGUCUGUGAAAACAAUCUGUAGCAUUUCCUAACCUUUAACCCACCCACCCCCCAAAAAAACCUGUGUUAUCAACAGUAUUUUUAGCAACUGCUCUUGUUUGAUCUUGUGCAUGUGAACUUGCAUAGUGAUGGUAGACUUAAGAUGAUAAGAUAAAGAUUCUGGGGAAAAGACAGUAGCUCAAAUCCCUGCUCUCUGCAACUUGGCCUGGCUGUUUGGAUACGUGUUGGUAGUAGUACCUAGAUGUUGUUGACUUCCUCCCAUACAGACAUACACAACCUUCCUUCAGUAGCAGCCUUUGAUGCAAAUGGGAUAGCUGGAUAACCUCAUGGAAUGGCACAGGCUUUUUCUAAAGAACCAAAUUCACCUGGAUUCACAAUCACAAGAAACAUUCAUUGAUGGAACUCAUGGCUGUAUUUUUGGGUACUCACCUGGCCAUUCUCAGGACCAGCUGAUCUGCAAACAUGCUUUGGGUCAUAAAGAUGAUGACCUCAGAAAGAUAAACCCAACCCUACUGCAUCCUAGAGCUUGACAGUGUAACCAUGGAGUGCUGCAGACCAAAGAUGGUUGAUGGACCACCAAGCUUACUAAUAAACAUGGACCUUUUGAACUUUA